AUGACCAUGCAGCAAAAUGAAUCCUGGCCAGCUUCGGCUCAGUCAUCUCUCACGUUUACACAGGGCUUCCUUCUCGGCCAGUUGUCGGUUGUGCUGCUGAUCGGUGCGUUCAUCAAGUUCUUCAUAUUCGGUGAAGCACCCGCCCCGCCGUCGCGAGGCCUCUCCCAACGCACCGCCGCCCAUCGACGGUCCAAUUCAAUCAAUAUUACCUCGAAUGAUGGCAGCGUUAGAACUUUGCGCGAGAAGCCUUCAACAUCGAACGUGCUCCGUCCAGUGCCGGCGUCCUCCACCAAUACGCGGUCUAUCCUUCGGAAGACAUACUACAGCGCGAUCCCUACGAAUCCUACUGCAAAACAUGGCCGGCAUCGCAUGCACCAUUCGUCACACCAGCCAGAGUCUCUGGAUUGGUUCAACGUGCUGAUUGCACAGACGAUUGCGCAAUAUCGACAAACUGCGUAUUCGCUGAAAGACUCCCCUACGUCAUCGAUCCUGGACUCCUUGACUGCUGCGAUGAAUAAUCCCGAAAAGAAGCCAUCGUUCAUCGACAAAAUCACCGUGACAGAUAUCUCGCUCGGCGAGGAGUUCCCAAUCUUCAGCAACUGCCGGAUUAUCGCCGUGGAUGAUCCAACCAAUCCGGAUGGCGGGAGGUUACAGGCACUCAUGGACGUUGAUCUCAGCGACGAUAAUCUCUCAAUCGCCAUCGAAACGUCUCUGAUCUUGAACUAUCCCAAGCCAUACUCGGCGAUUCUCCCAGUCGCCCUGUCCAUCUCCGUUGUUCGAUUCUCGGGGACGCUUUGUAUCUCUCUAGUUCCCGCUUCCACUCCUCCUCUCCAUACCCCGUCCCCUUCUCCUUCUCCGCCUACUGCCGGAACAGGAACAAAUAUAAGAGCACACACAGCGGAUGACUCUGCCGAGUCGCGUGGCCGGCCAAAAAGCGCACAAGAAGAUAGCAGCGCGCCGCCGCCGAAGACCAGUCCCAAGAGCAAUGUCGCGUUCUCUUUCCUCCCGGAUUACCGGCUUGAUCUCUCCGUGCGCUCUCUCAUCGGCUCGCGCAAUCGACUUCAAGAUAUACCCAAGGUGGCUCAACUGGUAGAAGCUCGCGUGCAUGCCUGGUUUGAAGAGAGAGUCGUGGAGCCGCGCGUCCAGGUCGUCGGGUUGCCGGACCUCUGGCCCCGCAUGGGCCGGACAGGCGUGAGGACCGGUGAAGAACCCGAGUCAUCUGCAUCCACGGGUCCUCGGGCUGCUCCGGUGUCAUCCGCCGACAUGGGUGGUGACGGCCCGCUUCGAUAUGCCGAUGAUGCCGGUCUAGCAUCAGAAGGGCUGCGGUUCCGUGUUAACAUGGGCGCGCGUCCGGGGUUGGAUGGGUUGCAGAACCAUGCCUUGCGCCGAGAAGAAAGUUCAGAGGCCGUUAGAGGCCAGUUUCAUAUACCCGGCUCCCUUGAUGGUGUACCUGCCAGUUAG